UGUAGGAGCUGUUGUCGCUCGAAACGGAACGGAUACGGAUAGGUGGGACUGAACACAGCAGGAAAAUAAGUGCUAGUAGCAGUGGGGAAGUCCUUCACAGCACUGCGUCGGGACCACUCGUUUCUUAACUUGAAUCGUUUUUGGAAGGCAGGACGAUUUCCCUAGUCUUCGUUACUGUCUGCGGAACAAGUGUCACUAGCAACAGACGGUUCUGUUGCUGUUUUGCAGCAGGUGACCCCCACUCCUCAGCCAAAAUCCGUUUAUUAGAUGUGACCACAAGGUUGAUCAGGAGAAGCCACCAUGUCUUAAACCCAGACGGGCCCUCUGGAGCCCUGUCCCCCCACCCUGGAUCCCCCUCCCCCUCCCCUAUCCACCACCUUACCCCUUCUCCCAGCCCCAUCCCACUUCAACACCUCCUUCCACAUGUGAGGGACAGGCUUCCGGGCUCCGGCUCGCCUCUGGCACACCCCCCCUCUCCCUCAGUAGAGAUGAGCCUGGAGAAGCACCAGCAGUUGGGUGGUGGUAGCGGAGGGGGGUUGGGCUCUGACCGGGACCUGCAGUCCACUGCUUCCUCCAUCUCUCUGCCCUCUGUGAAGAAGGCCCCCAAGAAGAGGCGCUUCUCCCUGGCCUCUCUCUUCAGGCUGCGAGGCCGGGAGCCCAAAUCAGGGCGCCAAAGGUCCCGAGAUCUCCAGUACCCGGGACCCAUUGGGCUAGUCGGUGUGGAUGGCAUCGCCAGCAUUGAGAGCAUCCACUCUGAGAUGUGUAACAAUAAGCACUCUGCCUUCUUCUCUGCGGCUGGGGCCGGAGCUGCCUCUGCUGCCGCCUCCACCUCAUCUGCCUCGGGGCCUUCCUCCUCUACCACCACCUCCUCCUCCUCUAAGGUGGGGGGUGCGGUGGUGGCAGAUCUACUGGAGUGCCCGCUGUGCCUUCUGCUCCACUCCAGGGAGAGCUUCCCUGACAUCAUGACCUGUCACCACCGCUCCUGUAUGGAUUGCCUGCGGCAGUAUCUGCGCAUCGAGAUCUCAGAGUCUCGUGUCAACAUCAGCUGCCCCGAGUGCUCGGAGCGCUUCAACCCUCACGACAUCCGCAUGAUCCUGGGUGACCGGGCACUCAUGGGGAAAUAUGAGGAGUUCAUGCUGAGGAGGUGGCUGGUGGCUGACCCGGACUGCCGCUGGUGCCCUGCGCCGGACUGUGGGUUCGCAGUCAUUGCUUUCGGCUGUGCCAGCUGUCCUAAGAUCACGUGCGGCAGAGAGGGCUGUGGCACAGAGUUCUGUUACCACUGUAAGCUGCUGUGGCAUCCCAACCAGACGUGUGAUGCAGCGCGGCAGCAGAGAGCCCAGAGCCUCCGCCUGAGGACGGUGCGCUCCUCCUCCCUCAGCUACAGCCAGGAGAGCGGAGCUGCAGCUGAUGACAUUAAGCCAUGUCCGCGCUGUGCUGCUUACAUCAUCAAAAUGAACGACGGCAGCUGUAACCACAUGACCUGCGCUGUGUGUGGCUGUGAGUUCUGCUGGCUGUGCAUGAAGGAGAUCUCAGACCUGCACUACCUGAGUCCGUCAGGCUGUACUUUCUGGGGGAAGAAGCCAUGGAGCAGGAAGAAAAAGAUUCUUUGGCAGCUGGGAACGCUUGUUGGAGCCCCCGUCGGCAUCGCUCUAAUCGCUGGUAUUGCUAUCCCCGCCAUGAUUAUCGGCAUCCCUGUAUAUGUUGGGAGGAAGAUCCACAACCGUUAUGAAGGCAAAGAUAUCGCCAACCACAAGAGGAACCUGGUGAUCGCGGGGGGGGUGACUCUCUCUGUCAUCGUGUCUCCAGUGGUGGCUGCAGUCACUGUGGGAAUUGGAGUUCCCAUCAUGCUGGCGUACGUCUACGGCGUGGUGCCCAUCUCAUUGUGCCGGAGCGGGGGGUGUGGAGUCUCCGCUGGGAAUGGCAAAGGAGUUCGCAUAGAAUUUGACGACGAGAAUGACAUGAAUGUUGGCAGCGGGGCGGGGGCCACUGAUACUACAUCAGUGGCAGACACCAGAAACAACCCCAGUAUAGGUGAAGGCAGUGUGGGGGGGCUGACCGGCAGCCUGAGUGCCAGCGGCAGCCACAUGGACCGUGUGGGGGCCACCAGGGGCAGCCUGAGUGAGACGGCGUCCACCAGGGCCCUGGCCGGGGCCAGCAUCACCGGCAGCCUCUCCGGCAGCGCCAUGGUGCACUACCUGAACAGGCUGGAGGUGCAGGCGGAUGUGCAGAAGGAGCGCUGCAGUCUGAGCGGGGAGUCUGGCACCGUCAGCCUGGGCACCAUCAGCGACAACGCCAGCACCAAGGCAAUGGCUGGAUCCAUUCUGAACGCCUACAUGCCCCUGGACAGAGAUGGGAACAGUAUGGAGGUCCAGGUGGACAUUGAAUCCAAACCGGGCAAACUGCGGCGCCACAGUGGCAGCAGCAGCGUGGAGGAUGGAGGCCAUGUUGGCCGCUGCGGCUGGACCUGCCCCUCCAGUGGCUGCCCGUCCUCAGAAGGCAAAGGCACCUCCACAAAGUGGGCCAAAGAGGCAUCCUGCUCCUCCUCCUCCAGCUCUGGGGCCAAAAAGAGCAAAAGCAAGCUGCGCAAGAAAGGGGGCGGCACCAAGAUCAAGGAGACACGGGAGGACCUGGACGCCCAGCUGCUGGAGCAGCGCAGCACCCACUCCUCCGAGUUCGACUCCCCCUCGCUGAGCGGAAGCCUGCCCUCUGUGGCCGACUCUCACUCCAGCCACUUCUCGGAGUUCAGCUGCUCCGACCUGGAGAGCAUGAAGACGUCCUGCAGCCACGGCUCCAGUGGGGGGGACUACCACCCCCGCUUCGCCACCGUCAGCCCCUUACCUGAGGUGGAGAACGACCGCCUGGAGACCUGCCCUGCUUCUGCUUCCUCCUCACAGGGACAUGGAGCUGUGAACUCCCCCCACUCCACCACCUCCUCCCUGGGCCCCGGCGCAGAGCCCCCCCCUCUCUGCUACAUUACAGAGGAGAAUGUCAACCUGGUGUGCCCUGCUGAGCUGGACUCUCACAGCAACACCAGAGAGCUAAAAGAGAACAACAACAACCACCCCCCCCCACCACAGCCCAAGAACGCCUGUAUACAGACUGACAUAUGACAUCUCAAUACCUUAAGUGCUGCACACAUGCUAUUAUGAGUUAACAUCUUUUCCUCCGAACUAACAACCACAGCGUACAGUUUAACCAACAUGUUCUUCCCUUAAAGUUGCUGUGUUAUUUUGGGAUUUCUUCUCCUUCAUUAAAAGCAGCCCUGAGUUAACAGAUGUGUGUUUGUCUGCUGACGGGCUUGUUGGGAGUAUUACUAGCUUUCCAAAGUGCAGCCUGGUGAGAAAUGUAAGGUUAUGAAUGCUGGUUCUCCCUGAGCGAGCCGCACACUGCGGACUCUUUCUGUUCACAGUUCACUCAGUGACCGCUUGAAACAGAUAUUGGUUGCUGUCCCAUUGAUCUGUGUAGGAUAAACCCAACCACUGUGCUAGCUCUGCUAGUAUUUAAUCUUGCUUCCACAAUACGAUUCACUAUUUCCUCUGCCCCCCCCCACCCCCAAACUUAAGUAACAGAAGAACCUUUAUUAUAAUAUUUUCCUUCCUGGAUGUUUGUUUGAACUGUAAUGUAUAAUCUUAACGCCUGGGUUUGAGAUCCUUCAUCAUUUUUGCGCAAAAAACCCCCAACUGAGAUUCUGUUUAGAUGGAUGGACACAACUGAUCCAGUUUAGACCUGAAGCUGACAUUGCCUUUAACUCUCAGUGUGUGUUUUAGUGCUAAAAUGACUUUGGACACCCUGCUUUGUUCUGUGAAAAGCUUGUUAUGAUAUGUUAAGGGUGGGGGGAUUGCUUUGAGAAAGGUCUCUGGAAGGCCACAGUUUUUGAGAUAAUGCUGAAAGUCAUUAUAUUAAAAUUAACCAAUGGGUUGGUCAAUUCUGUGAAAUUGUAUAAAGAAAAUGUUUUGUCCUGUUCAAAGGUGAUUUAUUCAGGCUGACGGCCUCGCCUCACUGAGUAAGAGAGAGCUUUGAUAUCUUUCUUUGUAACUCAUGGUGCCUUCAAGAGCUGUUUGUGUUCUGUUCUUCUCUCCACCGUGUCUUUAACACCUCAAACAACUACUCAUUAUAGGUUGCAGAAUGUCUGUCUGUGUAGGAGGGAUGCUCAUUCACAUACACAGCAUACUGUGGUAGACAUGGUAAAUGAAGACUUUUCAAUUGCCUACCAAAGACAGCACUCAGGCUUUUGUUAAAUCUUAUACCGUUGGCUUGUCACCUGUAGACGCAGUAUGCAUCCUUUGUCCUCCUGGGGGUGAAUGAAGCUACGCCCCAGGAUUAUACAGACACACAGACUGCUGUUUUUGUACAUGCUUCACCAAUGCAAAUAUCUGAGGCCUCCCAAAGGCCCAAGGCACCUGCACUGUUAUCUGUAUUUCUUAUUGCGAUGAUGUUCUGCAAGGCGCAGAGGUUAGCGGGGAUACAAAGGUUGGUUCUGGGUUACCUUCCCUGUUGACUUUACUGUGACUUCUGUUUGUGUUGCCAAUCGGUGCUGCUGAGCAGACUUGAAGUCAAAUUCAGUUUUCAACACUUUGCAGAAAAGCCUGUCUUCACUGCUCAGUGGUCAGCUUUACCCUGAGCCGCUCAGGUGAACCUCUAGCAGGAAGCUCAAAGCAUCUUGGAUGGUAUGUUGACCCAGGUCUGUUACUGAAUGAUCACUGAUUCUGGUUCAGUUGAUAAGGCUACAUGCUGCAGUCCUUCCCCCCCAUUAAAGCAAACAUGUUGUCUUUCUCCCUGGGUUCGUUUCUCAUUCUUUACCAAAACUUCAGUUUUCUUGAUCCUAAUUUCCACACUAGUGCCAGAUAUCAUUUGUAAUUUGUGCAGAAUGGCAUUUGUAUAUUUGUUUGAUCAUUUGCUUUACUAUAUGCAUAUCAGAAAAAUAAAUAAAAAAUAUGAAUUA